CCAGCCACACGCUGGGGCAAGGGCAAUCUCACAUUUGCUUCGCCUUUGCGCCGCCGCCGCCGCCGACGUCCUCAACAUGCAGCGCCAGUUCCAGAUUUUGCGCAAGAUGAGCGUAUUGACCAAGCAGACCAUCAACCCGCGCAUCGUCGAGGCUGAGUACGCCGUCCGCGGUGCCAUCGUGCUCCGCUCGGACGCGUACAAGAAGCAGCUCGCGUCCGGCGACAAGUCGCUGCCCUUCGACAAGAUCAUCGCAUGCAACAUCGGCAACCCGCAGUCGCUUGGCCAGAAGCCGAUCUCGUUCCACCGCGAAGUGCUCUCGCUCAUCAACAUGCCGGGCCUCGUCGACCACGAAGAUGCGCCCAAGAUCUUCAAGGCCGACGCGAUCGCGCGUGCCAAGUACUACCUCUCCAAGAUCCCGUCGGGCACGGGCGCGUACGGCCACUCCAAGGGCCACGAAGUCCUCCGUGAAGAGGUGUGCGCGUUCCUUGAGCGCCGCGACGGCCACGCCGCCGACCCGGAGACCAUCUUCCUCACGGACGGUGCGUCGCAGGCGGUGCAGUCGAUGCUCCUCGCGCUCAUCCGCGACCAGAACGACGGCAUCCUCGUCCCGAUCCCGCAGUACCCGCUCUACUCGGCGACGAUCGCCAUCAACGGCGGCUCGCUCUGCGGCUACUACCUCGACGAAAAGUCGGGCUGGGGCAUGGACAUUGCCGAGCUCACGCGCUCGAUCGAGGAUGCGCGCAACGCCGGCAAGGACGUGCGUGCGCUCGUUGUCAUCAACCCGGGCAACCCCACGGGCCAGUGCUUGAGCGAGAACAACAUGCGCGACAUUGUCCAGUUCUGCAAGGACGAGAAGCUCGUGCUCAUGGCGGACGAGGUCUACCAGGAGAACGUGUACGCCGAAAACAAGCACUUUGUCUCGUUCAAGAAGGUGCUCAAGGACAUGGGCUCGGACUACGACUGCGUCGAACUCGCUUCGUUCCACUCGACGUCCAAGGGCUUCACCGGCGAGUGCGGUCGCCGCGGCGGCUACAUGGAGCUCGUCAACUUCAACGCCGACGCGAUGGAGCAGCUCUACAAGCUCGUCUCGAUCAACCUCUGCUCCAACAUUGAGGGCCAGCUCAUGGUCGCGCUCAUGACCAACCCGCCGGUGGAGGGCGACGAGUCGUACGAACUCUACGUCGCUCAGCGUGACGGCAUCCUCUCGUCGCUCAAGCGCCGCGCCGUCAAGCUCGUCGCCGCCUUCAACGAGCUCGAGGGUGUCUCGUGCAACGCCGCCGAAGGUGCCAUGUACACCUUCCCGCGCAUCACGGUGCCCGAGAAGGCCGUCGCGGAAGCCACCAAGCGCGGCGUCGCCCCCGAUGCGUUCUACGCCAUGGCGCUCCUCGACGCGACUGGCAUCGUCGUCGUGCCCGGCUCCGGCUUUGGCCAGGAAGAUGGCACGUUCCACUUCCGCUCGACGAUCCUCCCGCCCGAGGAGGCCAUCGACGAGGUCAUUGAGAAGACGGCCAAGUUCCACGCCGAGUUCAUGGACCUCUACCGGUAAAUACAUGUCGUCCUUCUGGCGGUCGCAUCAUAUGAGCUCGCUUCGAGGAAUGCUGCUAAUGUAAACGCCC